UCUCUGUCGCUGUGAACGACUCUCAUGGCGACCUGUUUCUACCCUAUCCAGGCGGCGGAGGAUUUCAUCCCUCUGCCGGAGACCACGCCGCCCGACCAGAUUUCGCGGCCGUCGUGCCGCCGCCUCCGGAAAUACCGCAUAAUCCCCGAGUUCUGCGCGGCGAAAUCAUCGACCGGCGACUACAACGCCGCCGCCGCCGCCGCCGCCGCCGCCUCUGUCCCCAGGACCCACCACCGCAAGCGGUCCAGAGACGCCAUCGGCGACGACCACUUGAGCGGCGAUUGCUUCUCGGCGAAUCACGAUCCUCGCAAGAUGACCAAGGCGUCGCCGUCUCUGGGGCACGAAUCGGAGAUCGACCCUUUGAUUUCCCAACAUACGCAGGGGUUGGCAAGAAAAAUCAAGGAAAAAGACGAAGAGAUCACGAAGAUGGGGGAAUUGAAUCGGCUCCUCCGAGAGCAAGUGAAGUCCCUGUUGUCGGAGAACCGCAUCUGGCGGGGCCUCGCCCAGGACAACGAGGCCGAAGCCGACUUCCUCCGUUCCAAACUCGAGCACGCCCUCGCCCGCGGCGGCGGCGGCGGGGUGGUCGACGACGCGGAGUCCUCCUGCUGCGGGAGCAACGAUGCCGGGACGGCGGGCGCGGAAGGCGGCGAUGCUGCUGCGGCGGUGGAAUCGCUGAGGCCGGGGCGGUGGUGCACGGGGCGCUGCUGGGAGACGGUGGUGCUGCUGCCGUGCAGGCACAUGUGCCUGUGCGCGUCGGCGUGCGGGCCCAGCCACCGGAACUGCCCGGCGUGCGGCUCAGCGAUCGCGGCGAGCGUGCACGUGAAUCUGUCGUCGCCGUAGACGGUCGGAAGGGCCCUGGGCUGGAAAGGUGAAAAGGAGAGAAAAUAGGGGCGAAAAGGGGAAAAAGGAAAGAACAUAGGGGAGGAAAAGUAAAUAGUCCCUUUUUUUUUUCUUUUUUUGAUAGGGAGGUUCUUUGAUAUCUUUUUAGUUGGAGAAUAAUGUGGAAAAAACCAUCGAGAGGGAUGGUUUUCUCAUUUUUGUGUAAAUACAAUACGAUACAUAAUAAAAUGUUCUCUUUCUUUUUCUUAA